AUGGACGGGAUCUUUGAGAUGGGCUUCACCAAGCCAUCGAAGAUACAGGGCCUCGCCUUGCCGAUUGCCAUGCAGGGUCGCAACAUCAUUGGCCAGGCCCGGAAUGGCAGCGGCAAGACCGCAGCGUUCGCCUUGGCCAUGCUGGCCAACGUCGAGACCCAGAAAAAGUCGCCGCAGGGCCUCUGCGUCUGCCCGACGCGGGAGCUGACGAUGCAGAACCAUGCCGUCAUCCAGCGGCUGGGCAAGUUCACAGGUCUGGAGUUCUUCCUGGCCGUCCCACAGGAGCAGCGCGCUCCGCGCAGCGUCAACGCGCAGGUAGUUGUGGGCACACCAGGCAAGCUGCAGGACUGGCUGAAGAAGAGGAUCAUCAACCCAAAGGACUUCCGCAUCUUCGUGGUCGACGAGGCUGACCAGAUGAUUGACGAGGAGCAGAGUAUGGGUGGGCAGGUGCUGGACAUCCGCCGGAUGCUCUCCAAGGAUCUCCAGAUCCUCUUCUUCUCGGCGACAUGGCCAGACUAUGUGGCGAAGCUGGCCAAGUCCAUGGUGCCCAACCCGAACGUCAUACACGUCAAAAAAGAGGAUCUCACCCUGACUACCAUCACGCAGACGUUCAUGAAUGUUGGAACAGACGACAACAAGAAGUACAAGCUCUCUGAGCUUUACAGCGUGAUGAACGUGGGGCAGAGCAUCAUCUUUGUCAACACCAGGCAAACUGCCUGGGAUCUGGCGACCUUCAUGAAAGCCAAUGGCCACACGGUUUCCUUGAUAACCGGAACGCAGAAAGGCCAAAUUGAAGUGGCUGAGCGAGACAGGGUCAUGGAGGAGUUUCGCACCCUGGUGACGCGGGUCCUGAUCUCCACGGAUGUCCUGUCGCGCGGGAUCGAUGUGCCGUCAGUGACCGUGGUGGUGAACUACGAUUUGCCGAACGGGACUGAGAAGAUGGAGACGUACUUGCAUCGCAUUGGGCGAACUGGCAGGUUUGGGAAGAAAGGCUUGGCUGUGAACCUUGCGUCGGAUCGCGAUCGUCACCGCAUCGAUGAGAUCAAAAGGUUCUACAACUGCGACAUGGCGGAGCUCAGUGGCGACGUGGAGGAGGUCGAGGCCAUGCUCAAGCCAAUUCUGGGGUGA